AUGUAUGAACUGAUGAAAAAAGAGCCCAACUGGCACAUUCGUGAUAUUCAAGGAGCGUCAUCCAUUCAUUAUGCAUUUCGCUAUUGCGAAUCUAAAAUGCUUGCGGAUAUUUUUCGACAUCGAAAGAUCGAUGUCGACAUACUUGAUCAUAAGGAUCUGAUUAAAGUGGCCGCUGCAUAUGGUCAUCUUGAUAUUGUGAUGCAAUAUUUGGAGAAAGUAUCAACACAAACUGAUCGCAGCAGUACCAUUCAUCAGUUUAUCCUAGCUGCUGUUCGUUGUCGUGGUAAAAGUAUUCUGUCGCAUUUCGCAGACGAGGUAAAUAAUGUUUCAUCGAGACUUUAUUGGAUUUGUCGUCAGUCUAAUGGAGAUGAACUAAUUCACUAUGACAAAUAUUGCAAAACACUUAUUACUGAAGAAAGUAUGUCUCACCAAUACGAAGAUGAUUAUUAUUUUACGCCAUUGAUGAUUGCUAUUAAAUAUCGACGAGUUCAAUGUAUCAAAAAACUUGUUCAAAAAAUUCAAGAUAAUGACAUCACUGAUUUAUUAUUAAAUGCAGCAAAAAAGAAGAAUGUCAAUGUAAUAGAUAAUGAUAUGAUGGGUAAUACACCUGUACAUAUUUGUGCUCAAUUUUUAGAAGAUCAAUUUGCUAUUCGUAACUGGAUGAAAGGGCAUGGGGAAAUAAAGUCUAUGAUAAAUGACGAAAUCAAUCAAUGCGACAAAGAUUUGGAUGAGAAUGAACCGUACACGCUCAAUCCUAAAAUUUUGCUCCGGAAUCAUCCAUUAUUUAUAAUGGCUGAAAAGGAUUAA